AUGCAGGUAAUAUAUCAUAAGAAGCUCAGUGUGAUAACUGGGUUAUUUCUUUUGUCGUUAAUUAAUUUAGUUUCGGGUUAUGUUACAAAGUUUAAUGAAAUUAAUUCUCAGGUUUGUUCGGGUAUAUACUCUAAGCAUGAUUGGGGUGGAAGCUUUAAACCAAGCAUUGGAAUAAAAUUGUUUGGAUAUGGUAAAGAUAAAUAUAAGCCAAACUCAAAGGAUCAAAAAGAGGAUGAAGACAUUUCUGUGAGUUAUGUGAUCUUUGAAUAUAAGGACUUGGGAAACAUUGGGUAUGAUCUUGGAGAUGGGAAUCAUAAAUACAUUUGUGACGAUUAUGCAAUUAAUGAAUUAAAAAUUUGUGACAAGAAACAGAAGGGUAAGUUUAUUAUCCAAUCUACAUCUCCUAACUCGACAAUUAUGACUUCGACACUCAACCAUCUUGGUCCGGCAAACAUUCAAUACAAUGUAUCAAGAUCUGGUUACUAUUGUAUUUCGACUGUUUCGAUGAACGAUAAGAGUUAUUCGGGGGCAAUGAACUUCCAGAAUGCGUUCGGCCACUUGAGUGCUAGUGAAAUUCCAAAGUUGCCAGCAUAUGGUAUAUUGACUAUAUUCUACGCCAUCGCGUUGGCCUUGUACGGAUUCCAGUUUUACAAGAAAAGAAAUCAGAACCAGAUUUUGCCUUUGCAAAGAUAUUUAUUAGCCAUGCUUGGAUUCUUGACUUUUGAUACCAUUGUUGUUUGGUCGUAUUAUGACUUAGUGAACAGAACUAGGAAUCCUCUGGCCGGAUUUGUGACAUUCUAUAUGUUCUUUCUUUCGUUUAUGAAUGCGGCUAAGAUUUCUUUUUCAUUUUUCUUGUUAUUAUGUAUUUCAUUGGGUUAUGGUGUUGUUGUGCUUAAAUUAAAGAAGAGUGUCAUGUUGAAAUGUAAAAUAUUGGCUGGUUGUCACUUUGUUGCCACAAUGGUCUACUUAGUUUCAAAUUACUACAAUGGAUCAUCGUACACCACAGCAUCUGGAUCUUCUUCUAUAGAUGGUUCUGGAUCUGGUGAUUUGCUUGGGUUGUUGCCAUUGAUCCCAGUUACGAUAACUUUGACAGCAUACUAUUUGGCAGUAUUAAUAUCAAUUAAGAAGACUACAGCAAACUUGCACAAACAACGUCAAAUCAUUAAAUUACAACUAUACCAAAACUUAUUCAGAAUUAUCUUCCUCUCUGUUGUUUUAACAUUUGGAGGAUUGAUUUUAUCCUCGUUUAUCUAUUUGAGUAUGUCCACAACUGAAAUGAUUGAGCAACAUUGGAAAGGUGCCUUCUUUAUUUUUGAUUUCUGGCCAAGUGUUGUCUUCUAUGGUGUUUUCAUGGGAGUUGCUUGGUUAUGGAGACCAACAGAAACUAGUUACAUGUUGGCAAUUUCGCAACAAUUGUCCACAGAAGAGACUGCCGAUAAUGAGGAUGGUGAAGCUGAUAUUGGACAAGGAUACCAUCAGGGUCAUGAAUUUGAAUUAGAUGAUUUAUCUUUGAUAAGUCAUAGCGACCAUGAAAACGAAGCUCCUGGUGAUCAUGAUAGUUUUGAAUUAUCAAGAGAUGAUAAUCCUCCUCCACAAUAUAGUGAAACGGAAGACGCAAAUAAGAAGUCAAAAAAGUCAGAGGAACCUACAGAUACUGGUAAUACACUCUUUGAAUUAGGAGAAGAGAGCGAUGAUGAACAUAAGGAUGAUGAUCGCUUAAAUAGUAAAUAA